AUGUCCGAUAUCUUCACUUUGGCUUUGCAAGAGGUCCAGGACCAACAGCGAGACUCCUUGGCAGCGAUGGAUUUGCUGAGGCAACAGCACGUGGAAUGGCAGCAGUCUGUAACUGCCUUGUUGGGCCGUGUUGGACAAAUGUCAACGCCUCUCACCGAGAAGGCAGCGGUGCCAAGUGUGGUGCCUUCGAAAGCCACCGACGAGCCACGUGAGCCAGUCGUUUUGGCUUUGCCCCCAGCCGAGUGUGCAGCGGCCUCGGAGGCCACAAACGAGCCAGUCGUUUUGGCUUUGCCCGCGGCCGAGUGCGCCAGCCGGAGGUCGCAGGAACUUCGGAGGCUGCGGAGCCCGGACAGCGAUGCCAGCAUGAUGGACGCCAAUGACACGUCCCCAGCGGCCGAGAUGAGACGCACCUUGAGGCAAACCACCGACGGUCGCUUGCCCAAGCUCUUGGAAGAGGUCCUGACCGACCACCAGGGCAAAAGGAGGAUCAGGUUGACGGUUUGGCAGGAGAGACGUGAAACCUUAAAGAUGGUGGUCGACUCCACAGCCUUCGAAUACUUGACGGGGAUGUUGAUUCUGAUGAAUAUAGCACUCAUUGGUGUCGAGGCUGAGAUGGAUUUGUUGGGCAAGGACACCUGGUGGGCCGCUGACAUUGAGCGUAUUUUCUUGGGGCUCUACACAGUGGAGCUACUCAUUCGACUCACUGCAGGUGGACGAGAGGCCUUCCAUAAUUCCUGGUUUUUGCUGGACCUGUUUUUGGUUUGCGUGGGUUUGGUGGCCUUGGUGGUUGUGCCCUUGGUGGAGCAAGAGGCCAGCUCCCAGGAAGGCUGGAUGCAGCUUUUGAUUGUCAGAGGCCUCCGCUUGCUUCGUUUGGCCCGGGUCCUUCGGACGGUGAAGCGCUUCAAGGUGGUUUGGCGCCUCGUCAAUGGGCUGCUCUCCGUGUGGGACACUAUGGCCUCAACGACCAUCUUGAUCUUCUUGGCUCUUUACAUCUUCGGUUGUAUCGCUGUGGAGGUCAUUGCAAAUGACCCGGAUCUCAAAGCCUAUCCGGAGACGGCAGGGAUCGUGCGGAGGAGCUUCAGCAGUUUGCCCAAAGCAACGCUCACCUUGUUGCAGUUUGUCACCAUGGACGGGAUCGCCAACAUCUACUUUCCGCUGGUCAUGCAGAAACCCUUCCUGAUCAUCUAUUUCCUGCCCCUUUUGCUGUUCUUGUCAAUCGCGUUGAUGAACUUGGUCACUGCGGUUUUGGUGGAACAUGCGCUGGAGCAUGCCUCUCAAGAAGCGGAGCUUGCACGCAUCAGAACAAAAGAGCAGAUCAAGGCCACUUUGCCCGACUUGCUGGAGAUCUUUUCGGCCUUAGACCAGGAUGGGAGCGGCUACAUCACACGUGAAGAGGUGGCCAAUGUGCCUUUGCAUGUGCUGCCCGAGAAGGUCUAUGAGAAGGUCACUGUCGACAGCAUGGAAGACAUGUUCGAGCUUCUGGACGCAGAUGGUGGCGGUAGCUUGAGCUUAGCUGAGUUCUUGGAGGGCUUGUUCACAGUCUUGCUGCUGGAUAUGCCUGCCUGGGCCUUGCAGUUGCAGAAACUGUUGAUGCCUUUGAGGCGGCAGACCUACCAGAUUUCGAAGGAGUUGGAGGCAUUGAAGCCUGGCUGCACACGGGGUGCGCAGAGACAGCACCGAGACGGGUCAACACCUGCAGACCAGGCGAAGCGAAGCCACGCUGCCCACCGAGCGGGUGUGAGGAACCCCUCCAGAACCUUCGCGCUGCCUACAUGCCCAGAGGAUUUCAGCGGCUUGGAGAUCGCCCUUCGACUCAAAGCGCUUAGCGAAGAGGCACAAGACUUGCAACAGCAGAUCUUGGAGCGAGAGAAUGAUCACAAAGCCAUGAAGCGCGAUGUGCUGUUCACUCGCAUCAUUGAAUUGCAGGUGGAAUUUGUCUCAUGGAAACAAGAGGCCAUUCGCUUGGACGCCAUGAUGGCAGAAGAGGAAGACGUUGUGAAGAAGGAGAUUGCCGUCCAUGAGAAGAGAAUUCAAGAUUUGAAGCAGGAGUUGAAAGCAGUGAAAGAUCAACAAGAGAGGAUCCAAGGAGAGUUGGAAGAUGAGAAGGCUUGGCAUGAAAGCUCGCGGGAGCAAUGUGAAGAGAAGGAGGAGGAAUUGAGGAGGGAGCAGACCUUGACCCGUGAAGUGGCCAUCCAGUACAAAGGCCUUAUCCAAGAGCGAAAGCAAGCAGAAAAGCUUCAGAUGGAAAUUGAAGAGAUGGAGCUGGACAGGAAAAAAGAUGAAGAGGAGCUGGAGGCUUUACAAGCUGGGCUUUCAACAGGACCACUCUCCGCCCGGGACCGCUUUACGGUCACAGGUGCCGCACUCUCUGCUUUGCCGGUCAUGGAUGAGCCAGGCCUCACCCUGCUUCGGCGCUGGUAUUCCCGACAGUCCUUUGAACUGUUCCAGUUUUUACUCCUGGCGGAUGGCGAUCAGGAUGGCCUCUUAAGCUUGUCGGAGCUGGCCGAGGCGAUGGUCAACAGCCACGGCUGCCCUUUAGAGCCCUCGGAGGCUGGAAGGCUGCUUUUCCGGCUCGCUUCGAGGGUCAGUGACGAUCCCGAGAAGAUCCGCUGGUUGGAUUUGCUGGUGCUGCUGGAGAGACUGGGACCUUGUCCCUGCAACGAGAAGCUCCCAGAGCUGCAGGGACUACGCGGGGCUUGCCUCAGGAGAGGACUUUGUAGCGAAGAGCUGCUGCGGCAGCUCCAAGCGAUCGACAGCAAGAGCCAGGCAGAAGCCCUUUUUGGAGGUUCCGCGCUGGCGCUGCCCCCACAGGAAUCGGCUGCUUGGGUGGAGGCCUGGCAGAAGUUCGGCUCGGAACGGCUCAGCUCGCUGCUGCCAAUGGAUGAGACCACUAGGUCUGAGGAGGCGAUGGCUGCCUGGCUGUCGCGGGUCAAAGUGGCUGCGCAGAAGAACCGUGAGGAGCUCCGCCUCUUCUACGCCAGGUCUGGCGCAGCGACAUGCUGCUGA